CAGUCCCACCCACUCAUUAACUCCACAAUUAUCACAAGUAGGUACCCAUUACUAGAUUUUUUUUCCUUCUUUCUUUUGAUAAACUAGUACUCCGGUGGUACACCGCCGCACCUUUCCAUGUCCUCCGCCACCACUCUUGAAACCCUCUCUCUCAUCAGCCCACUUCAUAGCGCUCUCUCUCUUCUCUCUAAAAAUUUCUUGAACUGCUGAUAUGGAUGGUAGUACUACCAAGGCACAGCAGAAGAAGAGGAACUGGUUCCUCCCCCUAGUUUUCUCUCUCUUCACAUCCACCCUCCUAAUCAUCCUCUCUCUCUUCACCCCUUCCAACCCAUUUCGCCAAACACCCAUUAGAACCCAAAAACAAGCCCCUUUAUUUGUGGAAUCCAAGAUUAAUAUAUCCCCGACAGGAACCAAUCCUAUCCCAAGAUUGGCUUACCUUAUCUCUGGGUCCAAAGGGGAUUGCGAGAGCUUGAAAAGGACUUUGAAAGCCCUUUACCACCCUUUGAAUCAGUAUGUUGUGCAUCUGGACCUUGAGGCCUCAGUAGAGGAGAGGUUGGAGUUGGUUAGUUUUGUCAAGAAUGAGGAGGUGUUUGGGAGAGUUGGGAAUGUGAGAGUGGUGGGGAAAUCCAAUUUGGUUACUUAUAGAGGGCCCACUAUGGUUAGCAAUACGCUGCACGCGGCCGCGAUUUUGCUGAAGGAGGGUGGGGAUUGGGAUUGGUUCAUCAAUUUGAGUGCUUCUGAUUAUCCCUUGGUGACCCAAGAUGAUAUGCUUCACACCUUGUCCACUAUCCCAAGAAACCUUAAUUUCAUUGAGCAUACAAGCGACAUUGGUUGGAAGGAAGCACAGAGAGCCAGACCUGUUAUCAUUGAUCCAGGGUUGUAUAGCUUGGAGAAAUCAGAUGUAUUUUGGGUAUCAGAAAAAAGGAGUGUACCUUCUGCGUAUAAGCUUUUCACAGGUUCUGCUUGGAUGAUGCUCUCUCGCCCCUUCAUGGAAUUCUGCUUAUGGGGCUGGGACAACCUCCCCAGAAUAGUCCUAAUGUACUAUUCCAACUUCCUCUCAUCUCCAGAAGGAUAUUUCCACACAGUUAUAUGCAACUCCGAAGAGUUUCGAAACACCACUGUGAACCACGACCUUCAUUUCAUAUCGUGGGAUAAUCCUCCCAAACAGCAUCCACAUUUCCUCACUGACAAUGAUUUUCAGAGAAUGUUAGACAGUAACGCUCCGUUUGCCAGAAAAUUUGGGAGAAACGAGUCGGUUCUUCAGAAGAUUGAUUCUGAGGUUUUGGGACGGAUAGAUGAUGGGUUUGUCCCGGGUAGUUGGUUUGAGAAAGGAGUUACAAAUGUAACUCAUCCGCACUACACUGUUGCAAAUAUUACUCAAUUGAGACCUGGGCCUGGGGCUGAAAGGCUGAAUAAACUUAUUUCGGGUUUGUUGUCUGAAAAGGAUUUUGAUUUGAAACACUGUCUCUAACAACUGGGAUGCUGCGAAUGAGUGCGUUGAAAACCUCUCAUUUUCUUUUGAAUAAUCAGUGGGCUGAUUACUGCUUCUCUGUUGGAUUAAUAAUGGAGGAGUGCUUACUGCUUAUUGGACUGGUACGAAGUAUGGAGUGACGAAGGCAGGAAGAGAAUAUGUAUAUUUUGUGGGUUGCCCAUGUAUACUUUGUGGGUUGCCCAUGUAAUCGAUCCGUUUCUUUGCAAGAUGAUAUGUAUUCUAGCCUAAUGGCCGACGGUGCAAUUUUUUGUAAUUGGUAGGUUUUCAAAAUGAAGAAAUAUAGGGUUAUAUUGCCA